UGCUGUAGCAGUUUAAGCAGGCAGGCAUGUUGUUGUUGCUAAAACAUUAAUAGCGGCACACGGCCCAACGGCAUAUCGAAUAUGACGGAGGAAAUAACUGGCAAUUGGAGCUAUUACUUGUAUAUAUCGCUAACGCUGGUCCCAGUCUAUCUGGCGUUUCGGCUCAUCAAGACCCUCGGCUGGCAGCUCUUUGUCAACAACUGAACACACACAGGACAGAGCUCUGCUCCCCAUUCCAUGCUGUGUUGCAUUUACUGCUGCAUUCAGGCUGCCAAACAAAGUUGAAAUACAACAAAAUAAAUUAUAACAGAAUGCAAUAAGGAAAAGUGGAAGCUAAACAGCAGCAGCACAAAAAUCCAAGAGGUAAAACGAGAGCAAAGGAGCUGUGGAGCUGAGGAACUGUGGAGCUGAGGAGUAUCACAGGAAAGGAGAGCGAUAAAGAAGAGGCCAGCUGCUGGGAUUUGUUUGCCCAAGAAGCAGGCGCUGCCUUGGCCAAAAGAAGCAAA